AUGUCGAAGCGCGUGAAGCGGCCUGUUGACAAGGGGGGCGGCCGCAAGAAGCCACGCAAGGGGGGUGCGGCAGAUGCAGACGGCGAGGAUGCGGGAUUCUUCCUGCUAGGAGAUGACGAAAAGCAGAAGCAGCAGCAGCAGCAACAGGCAGAGGAGAGUGAGGAUGAACAGGUGCACGAGACGGCGGAGGAGAAGCGCCUGCGGCUUGCACGCGCCUACCUCGAUCAGAUGCGGGAGGACGACGACGAGGGCGGGGAGGGCGAAGAGGACGAUGAGGAGCGCCGCGGCGUGACGGGCGGCCGGGACAGGCUGGCGGAGCGCCUGCAGCAAGACGCGGCAGAGGCCCAGGGCCGCCUCCAGCGCAUCCUGGCCAACCGCAUUAGCAUCCCCGACCAGACGCGCCCCGCACCGCGCGUGGAAGACUGUGACUCUGAGAGCGGCAGCGACGCCGAAGACGAAGCAGAGGCAGCGGCAGCAGCGGACUCCUUGGCGGCGGCAGCGGCGGCGGGGGCGGCGGCGGGCCUCGGCAACGGCGCGGCGCUGCCUUACGGCGCGGGGCGCUUCGCGGCGGCGCACCGAUCGUCGGCGACAGCGCUGGCGCUGUCGCAGGACGGGGCGACGGCGUUCACGGUGGGCAAGGACGGGGCCAUUUACAAGUGGGAUGUGGAGGCGAUGCGCAAGGUGCAGCUGAUGAGGCCCGGCGGCAACCAGCCGCAGCCGCUGCAGCCCGAGGCGGCUGAAUGGGUGCAGCGGCGCAGCGGCGGGCAGGGUGUGCUGCGGGCGCUGUACGCAGCGGCGCUGUCCAGCGACGGUCGCUUCCUGGCAGUCGGGGGCGGCGACCGCAAGGUCCAUUUGUUUGACGCGGCCGCGGGGCUGCAUGUGGCGUCUUACCCCGGCCACCGCGACAUCAUCAGCGGCCUGGCCUUCAAGGACGGCAGCCACACCCUUUUCAGCUCCAGCUUUGACCGCACCAUCAAGGUCUGGUCGGUGGACGACGGCGCAUACGUGGACACCCUGUUUGGCCACCAGGCGGAAAUCCACGGCGUGGACGCCCUGCGCCAGGAGCGCGUGGUCAGCUGCGGCCACGACCACACCUGCCGCGUGUGGAAGGUGCAGGAGGAGAGCCACCUCAUCUUCCGCGCGCACCGUCCAUCCGUGGAGUGCUGCAGGUUCAUCACUGGUACAGAGUGGCUGUCUGGCGCGGACGACGGCAGCCUCCAGGUGUGGACGCAGGUCAAGAAGAAGCCGGUCAGCAUAUACCGCGGCGCCCACAGCUGCCGGCCGCACGCGGCGACGCCAGCCGCGCCGCCCGCGAAGGGGAGCUGGGCGACCGCCAACUCAGAGGCGGUCGGGUGGGUGCAGUCCGUCGCGGUCGCGCGCGGUUCGGACCUGGCGGCGAGCGGCGCGGGUGACGGCGCGAUACGGCUGUGGGCGGUCGAGCAGAGCAAACACGGCGGCGCGGGGUUCCUGCGGCCAGUUGGGGACCUGCCGGCCCUCGGGUUUGUCAACGGGCUCGCCAUUGAGCGAGGCGGGCGCUUCGUGGCAGCGGCGGUGGGCAACGAGACCCGGCUUGGGCGGUGGGGCCGGGUUGAGGGCGCGGGCAACGGGCUGCUGGUGCAUCCCCUGGUCGUGGCUGACGAGUAA